AUGGAUACAGCUUUCUUUGUCGCCUUACCAUUAGUUGGUGCUGGUAUGUCCGCUAUUAAUGGAUUAGUAUCACCAACUGAUGAAUAUGAGGAAAAAACAGGACCUUUCGAAUGUGGUUUCUCAUCAUUUGCACAAUCACGUCAACCUUUUAGUUUACAAUUUGUUAUGGUUGCCGUAUUAUUCUUACCUUUUGAUAUUGAAGUAUCUUCAUUAGUUCCUUAUACUACAAGUGCUGCUAGUAUUGAUAGUUUAGGUUUAACAUAUUUAUAUGAAUUCUUAUUAGCUUUAGUUGUAGGUUUUAUUUAUGAACUUAAUGUUGGUGCUUUACAUAUUGAU